AUGAACUCCUUGCACUCAGAUCUAUUGGCAAUUAUACUAGCGAGGUUACCGAUUAAGAGCAUCACAAUUUGCAACUUGGUUUGCAAGGAGUGGAAGUCAAUCGUGGAAUCUGAGUUUCUUCGGAAGCUUUUCCUUUCUCAUCAUCAAAACUCGCAUUCUUCUUGGUCAUUCAUAUGCAACGAACCUAACGAAGAAGUCUUGGCUCACUACGGAUGUGAAAAUUGGGGUCUUUCACGAUCUCUUGGUUCUUACAUCUCUUCUUUCCUAACCGACGAGUUCCAGAACCACAAAGACCAUCCAGAAAACAAAUUAGUUAGAGUCGUGGCUUACACGGAUGACGGAUUGAUUUUGGUAUGUUUACACGUACCCUCCGGACUCGUCACAAAAGUUGAGAACGGCGUCCUUUUAGGUUACAAAGUUGUUGUGAUGAAUGCAAAUUACAUCAGGGAUGUCAUAGAAUUACUUAUUUAUUCAUCUGACACUGGCUUGUGGAGUUUCACCACUCUCCAUUCUUCUCUCCUUUUGCGCCGUAUUGUUUGGCACAAUCCCGUUAACUUGAACGGAAGCCUUUACUGGCUCGGUAACAAGCAGUGUAAUCCUCAUAUUCAAGUUGUUGUAUCACAUGAUUUCUACGCUGAAUCUGAUCUAUGCCAAGUUUUACAUUUCCCCGACAUAGAUAACAAAUCAGAAUUUAAAAGACCUUGCACAACUUCUCAAGGGUUUCUGAUGUACAUGAAUGUAAGUUUAGAGCUCAAGUUAAGUAUAUGGAGGCUAGAGAGCGGGGAAUGGAAAUUAGUAGCUCAAAUAUCUCCAAAGACCGCUUUCGAUUACAUUACGCUGACAAUAAACCCUUUUGAUUCUAAUACAGCCUACGUGCAGAGGAAGAUGCCUCACUGUUUGGCAUGUGCUAACUUGCACAAAGGCAAGUUUGGGGAUCAUAGCAGCGACGACAGUGGCAUUCUAAGUUUUGCUGGCGAGUGGGAUAACGCGGUAAAUGGUCACUAUUCAGCAUAUGCCACCUUUUCUCUCCCGCGUUGGCUCUAUCGGAUCCCUUCCCCACUGUCUUGCAGCAACGUGUGA